CUAAAAGUCAUUAAAUUACAAAUCUAAAGUUAAAAGUGUUUCGUCUGAAAUUUCUUGUUAGCUCCAAAAGAGGAAAACGAAUCCAAGAAGGAGAAAAAGUCUCAUUCCUCAAGCUCCGCAUCAUUCCUCCUUCAUGGGGUCUCUGCAUCUUACAAUUUAGCACUCUCAUAUUAUUAUUCCUUAAACCCCUUGUUUUGAUUUUGUUUCCAGAUUUAAAGAAACCCUAAGACCUCUUCGAAAUCUCCCCAGAAACACUUAUUUCAUUUCUUCCUUGGCCUUGACUACGCGUCUUUCCUUUUACUCCGGAAGGAAGAUCCAGAAAGGUUUUCUUUCGAUCGUUGCUUUUGACUAUGCAUAGAUCUGGUACAACAAUGGCGUGGAACGUAUUCAAGUUCUGUACUGCCUUACGAGGUCUUGGAUCGAUCAUGAUCCUUUUGGUUCUUGGUGUUGUCGGUGUUACUUAUUACGCUGUCGUUUUGACUAAUUAUGGUCCUGCACUCUCUCAAGGUGGCCUUGAUUCUCUUGCUGCUCUCACUAUCUUAAUCCUCUUCCAUUUCCUCCUGGCAAUGCUUUUGUGGAGCUAUUUCUCAGUGGUUUUUACUGAUCCUGGUGUUGUGCCUCCUAAUUGGAGACCAUCUACUGAUGAAGAAAGAGGUGAAUCUGAUCCGUUAAAUAGUUUGGACUUUGUUGGUUUACAAUCCGAUUCUUCUUCUUCAAACCCAAGAGUUCGGUUUUGUCGGAAGUGCAAUCAACUAAAACCUUCUCGUUGUCAUCAUUGUUCUGUUUGUGGUCGGUGUGUGUUGAAGAUGGAUCACCAUUGUGUUUGGGUUGUUAACUGUGUAGGAGCACUGAACUAUAAGUAUUUUCUUCUUUUCUUGUUCUACACAUUUUUAGAGACGACCCUUGUGACUUUGGUUCUUAUGCCGCACUUCAUUGCAUUCUUUAGUGAUGAAGAAAUACCUGGAACCCCAGGCACUCUUGCUACUACUUUUCUUGCAUUUGUUUUGAACUUGGCAUUUGCGUUGAGCGUGAUGGGUUUCUUAAUUAUGCAUAUUUCCUUGGUAGCUGGCAAUACCACAACUAUAGAGGCAUAUGAGAAGAAAACCACUACAAAAUGGCGGUAUGACCUCGGUAAAAAGAAAAACUUUGAACAGGUAUUUGGAAUGGAUAAGAGAUACUGGUUAAUCCCAGGAUACACAGAAGAAGAUCUAAGGCGAAUGCCGGAGCUGCAGGGACUUGAAUACCCUUCGAAACCCGACUUUGAUUCCCAGUGAUGCUCAAGAAGACUUUGAUCAUCAUCAUCAUCCCAUGUAAAACAGCAAUACGUAGAAAAACAGAGCAAGUGGCAUGUCAAGGAGAAAUCUACUAACAUGAAGAUGGAUGCUUCACUUUAGGCAGUGUAGAUGUCUUCCCAUGGAAGGCUAAGUCAUCAUCAAAUUUGUGGGUUUUGAAAAGAGGAUGAUUACAAUUUAGCUUUGUUGGCCACAUAUAUGUUCAUCAUCUUCAAUAGUUCAUAUAUAGAUAUGAUCUUAUUAUAAAUGUAGAACACACAUGAUUUACCCUAAAUCCUCUUGACUCUUUUGUUUGAAUCAGCUUUUACCCAAUAUGGUUUUGUUAUGCAAUUAUAACAUAAUCCCAUUUGACCA